AUGACUUCCAUCGAGCUAGAACUUACUACUCGGGAACAGGUCAACCCGGAUAGCUCUGGGAUAGACCGGGCUGCCCAAGAAGGCAACGACCCUGCCCGGCAUGAUGCUAACGCAUUCGAAGAUACGCCACCAAAUGGAGGCUAUGGUUGGGUAUGCACAUUCUGCGUUUUCUUUAUGAUUGUGCAUACGUGGGGUAUCAACAGUGCUUGGGGUGUUAUCUUAGCGCAUUUUCUCUCGCACUCGACAUUUCCCAACACAACUCAGACCGAGUAUGCGUUCAUCGGUGGAUUGUCGAUCGGCACGGCGUUAGUCAUGGGACCACUGGUGUCUCAAUCACAGAGAGUACUUGGAGUCACAGCUACGCUACUCUUCGGGACAAUGGUGAUAUUUGCAAGCUUACUGGGUGCCGCAUACGCUCGCCAAAUAUCGCAUCUGUUUCUAACACAAGGCAUUUGUUUUGGGAUUGGAAUGGGAUUCGUCUACCUGCCAGCAAUGUCCAUUUUGCCCGCUUGGUUCUCAACUCGCAGAAGCCUCUCAAUGGGAAUUGCCGGCUCUGGGUCUGGUGUAGGAGGCAUCUUAUACAACCUUGUCGCCGGUUAUACAGUUGAAAGGUUCGGGUGGCGGACCACCUACAAGAUCCUUGCCUUUGCGUCACUUGGGGCCAAUCUCCUUUCAUCGCUGCUUCUGAGAGCCCGUGAACCAUCUCAUCAUCGUCCGAAGCGUACAAUUGAUCAUCACGACCUCCGUCGUCCUGAAGUGCUUCUUACAUUGGUUUGGGGAAUUGCAACCGAGCUCGGCUACGUUACAAUCUUUUAUUCCCUGCCAGAUUAUGCCUCAUCUAUUGGCCUAACUACGCAGCAGGGAUCGGUUACGGGUGCCAUCCUAAACUUAGGUCUGACAAUUGGCCGGCCCCUUGUGGGCUACAUCAGCGACAAGUUUGGGAGAAUUACGGUUCCUGCCAUCCUGACUGCCGUCUGUGGUUUAACCUGUCUGGCCAUUUGGAUCCCCGCAUCUUCUUACUCCGCACUUCUUCUAUUUGCCCUUGUGGGGGGAAUGGUCUGCGGUACGUUCUGGGGAACCAUCACGCCAGUCCUUGCCGAGGUGGUUGGUCUGGGCCGGCUGUCAUCCGCAUUUACUCUGAUUUGUUUGGUUCUUACGGUCCCAACCACGGUUGCCGAGCCGAUCGCUCUCAGCCUUGUGCGAGGCUCUAGCUACCUUAAUACCCAAGUCUACGUGUGUUGCAUGUUCUUACUGGGCGCUUUUGGGCUGUGGGUCCUUCGCUCUUGGAAAUGCUAUGAGGUAGAGAAGAAAGCCUCCGAAGAACAGGAAGGACUCACCAGUUACGGCCCAUCUUCAUUUCCAAGUUUCUCUCAUUGGUUUGGACCCCGUAAGCUUUUCAUUCCAGGUCGUGUUUAA